CUCGGCUCUUUUUUUCUUUUUCCAAAGUAAAAGAACAAAAAACGAUAUACGUAUAAUGGCGCCGCUAUUGCGGUGUACUUCUUUUCUGCUCAUUCUGCUUUUUACUCUCCAUUGGUUUGGAUAUAAUUGCUUAGCGGCUGAGCCGACAGUAAUUGAAGGAUCAACAUAUGUACUUCCCAGCGGAAGUUUCACGGGCGAUCUCACCGACGUUAACCUCUCUGGCUUAUUCGAUGGCACGCCAACUUCUACUGAUAACGCUGCUGCUGCUGUUGCUGUAACACCAACAUCAAGUGCCAAUCUGGAGCCAACAAGUGUCGCCGAAAGCAUAUCAUCGGCAGCAGCACCAACUACUGCUUCCCCUGUGCAGACGAGAUCCUCGGCCGGAAAAUCAACAUCCGAAAGCAACAAGGACGGGUUGGCUCUUGGACCAGGACCAAUUGCUGGGAUCGUAGUAGGCGCGAUUGCCGUGAUCAUCCUAGCAGUGCUUUUGUGUGUUUUUCUGGCACGCAGAAACAAAAAUAACAAACAAUUUGACCGAGGGCGUGGAAUCACACCGUCAAUGGUAAUCAGCAUGAGAACCAAGACACCGUCUGUUCUCGAUCGUAGCGUAGGCGGCGAGCCAGGAGGCUUCCAACAUAAACCGGUGCAGACGUACUAUCCUGAUCCCAGUAAUAUCAUGAUGAGCCAACCGUCUGAAAGUAUCACUGCAGCAAUUGAUCAAAUGUACAAAGUGAAGCAAUACAACACCAAACCCAGUGCAUCAUCCACAAUCUCGACCCCUCAGGAAUCCAGCAACCCUCGGCUGUCCAAGUACAGCUACCUGGCACACGCGUUUACUCAAAUGCGCGAGUCCUAUGCGGCUCAUCCUUCGCUGAUGUCCUCUUCAGCGCCUGCUGCACCUUCAACCACAACAACCACGGAUACGGCGCAUCUACGUAGCACCGAUGACGAGGAUGACAAUAACAGCAUCCAUCAGACAACACAGCACCUGCCAACGAGUUUGACACCUCCUCCGCCACGUAUUGCAGUGUUUAAUGAGCAUUCGGAACAGGUGAUACAGAAUGAACCAGAAGAGAGCAAUUAUAAUUACACCAGAGGCAUCAACACCCCCAAUUAUACCGGUGCUACUAAUACGAGUGCCACCAGUCCUGGUAACCGUGACAGUAUGACGUCAGAUGUGAGCCAGUAUAGCGCCUUCUCGAAUCCUUUUCGUUAUCCAUCACCCGACAACAACAAUAGCAAUAACCACACGAUAAACACGCCACGACCACGACCAGCGCAGCAUUUAGCCUCCAGAAAACAAUACAAUUAUAUCUGAGAACACUUUAUAUUAUAUUAUUAUAUAUACUUAUUUAUA